AUGGGGUGUAUAUCAUCAUCGCUCUACCAAGAUUCGCUAGGCUGUGCUUUGCCUUUGCACGCGGAAAGCACAGACUUUGAUGCCUGUGAAGGGGCCUGUCGCGAAUAUUCAUUAACCGCCGCGGAGCGCGUGUCUGCAUGUCGAGAAUUUUCGAGCUGGUCUGGCUUGGGCGCCUUCGUGGAGGGUUCAAGUCAAGGACCUUGGCAGGCACUGCGUCAGAAUGAGCAGCGCGUUUCCUCCAUCGUGAAGAAAAUCGAAGCAGACUCAAGGAGGGUGCAGCAGAUUGACUGGGAUAAGUGGGAGCAGCAGAUUGCGCAUAAAGACAUUGUCAAGUGCAUGCGCGCGCAUUACGAAUCCCAGUCAUCUCUUUUUUCUGCACUUCUCUCUGGAGGCGCUUCUUCUUCGCUGACGCGAGUUCACGGCCUGGCUGUUGGAUGGGAUUCUUUUUCAAAGGCUCUCGAGAGCUGUGAAGCCUCUGUUCGCCAAUCGGAGUCGCUCCUGAAUAGUGGAGCAGCAGCUCUUUGGGUGUCUUACCACAACCCACCGGUCUCUAAGCUAGACACAAAUGAGUGGUUGGACACGGAUUUGUAUUGGCAGGCGUUUGUGGAGAAGCACCACUUCUACUCGCCAUACCAGCCUCCCUUGGAGGACCCUGAAAGCCCCGCUGAAAAGGAGCGCGUUAAAGCCUCUUGGCAUAGCCGGAUGGCCAAGUUUAAUGAUCGAUCCGACACGCCGAUGCUCUACAACUUCAUGGAAACGCUUCCUUCAUGGGAGCGUGCCUUUCUGGAGCACAUGAUCUAUUUCCUCGUCAGGCGGGGGGCUGACUACCGCUUUUUCCCGGAGAUCACUCCGUGGCAGUGGUUGGGAGACAUCGAGGAUCAGCGCGCAAAGUUCUUCUCAGUUGCUCAACGCCGCCGUUCCCACUUCCAGUUGAGCUCUCUUAGUCGUGAGAAACCUCUGGAUCUCCUGCCAUUAGACGUAGAGCAUGACGGGGCCGUUGCAACUCUCCGUUUCCUGCAAGCCGAGGCUACGGCUGUUUCUGCAACUGUGGGGAGGCUGAUGGCUUCCUUCUCCUUCCUACCAGAUCCCUUCAUCCCGUGCAGCUCCACGCGGAGUGCCUUGAGGGCUAUGGAGGUAGAUGGGGGGAAGGGGCAAUGGUUCGAUCUGGGGGAAGACGUCAGCGCACUCUUCUACCUCCCCACGAAGCAGGCGAGGAGGAUUCCCCAUCCAAGGGAGGCCUUCUAUAAGGUCAUGGACCACCUCACAAUGACUGGAAAACGAAUGAAUCCAGCAUAUGCGACGCUCUUCGAUUCUUUCACAGACGUCCUCCAGCAGCGGGGAGACAACUGGUUCUGCGAUGAGGGGGAAUGUGCAUCUCAGGCGUUUCUGCGGCGGCUGCGUUCCGAUGAUCCUAUGAGAGAAGUUUUUUGCGAUUAUUUCGAGGAGAUGUACAGCAGAUUUGAAGCUGCAAAGGAGGUCAAGCCUGCGGAGUUUUUAAAGCUCUUGGCCAAGAAGGAGGCCAGCCAUGGGGUCGAAUCCGAGGUGUACAGACACUGGGCUCUGUUUGCAUCUCCAGAGGCUGCAGCAACCGCGAAGGAAGAGUCGGAUCACCUGACUUCCUUGUUCAAGAGCAAGCAGCUGCAGCCAGUCUUGGAUGCAAAUGGAAUCGUUGCGAUCGGGCCAGACGGCCAGAAAAUCACGGAUGCGGGGCAAGUUGUUGCUUCCUUCAACGAGUUCGAGCUCCUCAAGGAAACGAUCCAGGAUAGUAUUAAGGCCCUUAAAGUCCCAGGUGGAACUGACGCUCAAAAAACUAACUAA